AUUUUGUUAUUGUUAUUAUUGUAAUGUUUUAGCAAAGUCAUUACAGUCAUACUAAUAAAUCUCCUUUGAUCCCUGAGAGAGAAAAGGAGAGAAAGAGCCGAGAGAUGGAGAGGGAGAAAUGGAUAGAGAGAAAGAGAAGUUUUAGAGAGAGAUAGCGAAAAAGAGAAAGAGAGAGAUAGAGAGAGGGGAACAGAGAAAGUGGGAAUGAGAGACAUGAAUAGAGAGGGUGAGUUAGACAAAAAGAGAAAUACUGAAAGAGAGACAAAGAGAGAUGGAGAUAAAGUAAGAGAGAAAGAGAAAUAAAGAAGAAUUCUAUUUCUACAUUACAUUUGUUUAUACAAACAAACAAACAAACCGAUAUUUACUCAUAUAGUUUACUUGAUUUUCCACUUAAUCUGAACUCACCCUCAUUCUUCCUUAGAGAAACAUCUCCAGGUGUUUUCUUUAUAAUGGAGCUGCAUAACUCCAGCAGGGAUGGAGGAACAGCUGACCCAAACACAGUGACUCAUGAAGGAGUUUCAGCCAUGCUUGGAGAACUGUUGGAAGAGUGUGAUACAGAUGACAUUAACAGCAGCACACUGACUCCCAGAGGCCUGUCAGCCAUGUUUACAGACACAUUGGAUGAGUGUGCUGGAGAUGCCAUAAGUAACAGUCAGCAGACCACAGGAGUGGCAUCUCCAGAAUCCAGCUGUAAGAGUUUAAACAGUGAUCCGUCUAUAGCGCCUCCUCCAGAACUCAACAGAGAAUCAUCCUCAGAACCACAUUUACAGACCCAGAGAGCAGCAUCUUCAGCUCAUGGUGUGUCUGUGAAGCGUGAUUGGUCCACUGUGGAGUCUUCUGGAUAUGAGCCCUGUGAACCAAAGUCAAAGAGAAGUUCAUCACCCAGCUGUGUGUCUAUAAAGAGCAACUCGUCUAAAUUGGAGCCUCCUAUAUUCAGUGACGGUGACGUGUCCUCUGAAUUAAGUUUUCAGACUCAGACAGCUUCUUCAGCAGCCCUAAGCUGUAUAUCUAUGAAGAGCGACCGGUCCAUGGAGCAUCUUCCUGAAUUCAGCAGAGGAGAUAAGCCCUUUAACCAAAAUUUUCAGACUUUUCAGAGAGCUUCUUCUGCAGCACCCAGUUGUGUAUCUAUGAAGAGUGAUCAGUCCAUGGAGCAUCUUCCUGAAUUCAGCAAGGGAACUCGUUCCAUUAACCCAAAUUUUCAGGCUUUUCAGACAGCAUCAUCUGCAGCCCCUAGCUGUGUAUCUAUGAAGAGUGAUCAGUCCAUGGAGCAUCUUCCUGAAUUCAGCAAGGGAGCUCUGUCCAAUAAACCAAAUUUUCAGACUUUUCAGAGAGUUUCUUCUGCAGCAUCCAGCUGUGUAUCUAUGAAGAGUGACCAUUCCAUGGAGCAUCUUCCUGAAUUCAGCAAGGGAGCUCAGCCUACUGUUCAGACCCACAGAGUUUCUUCUGCAGCACCCAGCUGUAUAUCUAUGAAGAGUGACCAGUCCAUGGAGCAUCUUCCUGAGUUCAGUAGAGGAACCAAACCAUUCGACCCAAAGCAGCAGUCCACCAAAACUGAGGUACAGCCACCUACAGUGGUGGAUGGGAUUAGCGGAUUCCAGCAGGAGCUCAACCAACCUGAAGAAGAUGUCCUGCACAGAGUUUUUGAAAGACACAAACAGCAAAUGAAGAAAAAGUGUGAGAGCGUAUUCGAGGUUGUCCAAACCCAAAGCAAUAAAACCCUCCUGAACAGGAUCUACACACAGCUCUACAUCAUCGAGGGGGAGAGUGAAGGAGUAAACGAGGAGCAUGAGGUUCUUCAGAUGGAGAAAAGACCAGGAAAGCAGCGCUUACAAGACACUGCAAUCAACUGCAAUUAUGUUUUCAAAUCUUCGCUUAAUGCAGGUCUUGAGGAUGGGAUGAAAGAAUGCAAGGAAAUAAGGACAGUGAUGACCAAAGGCAUCGCUGGCAUUGGGAAAACCGUAUCUAUUCAGAAGUUCGUACUGGACUGGGCUGAAGGAGAAGCCAAUCUGAAUGUAGAUACCAUGUUUGUGCUUCCAUUCCGAGAACUGAACUUGAUUAAAGAUGGCCGAUAUAACCUUCAUACUCUUCUGUGCAACUUCCAUCCUGAGCUCAAAGAUCUGGACGCAAAGAUAUACAGCAUGUCUAAAGCCGUGUUCAUUUUUGAUGGCUUGGAUGAGAGCAGAAUUCCAAUGAACUUCUCACAGUGUGAGAAAGUAUCUGACGCAACUACAGUAUCAUCAGUAGGUGUGUUGAUGACAAACCUCAUCAAAGGUGAGCUGCUUCCUUCUGCUCUUAUCUGGAUAACCUCUCGGCCAGCAGCGGCCAAUCAAAUCCCACCUCAGCUUAUUGAUCGUAUGACAGAAAUUCAAGGAUUCAAUGAUCCACAGAAGGAGGAGUACUUUCAAAAAAGGAUAAGCGAUCACGAUCAAGCCAUCAAAAUCAUCUCACACAUUAAACAAGCAAAGAGCCUCUACAUCAUGUGCCACAUACCAGUUUUCUGCUGGAUCUCUGCCACAGUUCUUCAGAAGAUCUUAGAAGAUACAGAUGCAAAAGACAUUCCCACAACCUUGACCGAGAUGUACAUUCACUUUUUGCUCAUUCAGACAAGCAUGAAAAACCAAAAAUAUGGAGACUACAAAACCCAAGACCUAAAAGAACAACUCAAACCCAACAGAAUCAUGAUAUUGAAACUAUCCGAACUUGCUUUCAAACAGCUAACGAAAGGUAAUGUCAUGUUUUAUGAAGAAGACCUAAAUGAAUGUGGAAUCGAUGUCACAGAGGCAUCGGUUUACUCUGGAAUUUGCACUCAGAUCUUCAAGGAGGAGUCUGUGCUCUACUCAAGGAAGGUCUACUGCUUCGUUCAUCUGAGUUUUCAAGAGUUCCUGGCUGCAUUCUACGUGUUCUACUGCUUUUCCAUCCAGAACAUGGAGACGCUCCGUUUUUUUAAACCUCCAUACCAGGACUGGUGCGACAACGUAACCCUGGAAGAGUUGCUUGAAGGAGCGGUCCGUAAAGCCUUAAGGAGUCAGAAUGGAGGCCUGGACCUUUUCCUUCGUUUCCUGCUUGGCAUCUCGCUGGAGUCCAAUCAGAGACUUCUACAAGGCCUACUGACACACACUCAAACCAGCUCAAACAGCAUCAACCAGAUCAUAACUUACAUUCACAAGCAAAUCAAAGGAGAGGAUGAGCUGGAACUGGAGCGGAUUUCAGUGAUGAUGAAGAUCCUGAACAUGAUGAUGGAGAAGAUGAAGGAAAGGCGGUGUCUUUCAAUUGACAGGUCCAUCAAUCUGUUCCUCUGCCUGACUGAGAUGCAUGACCAGUCCUUGUCCAGAGAGAUCCAGGAGUAUCUCAGCUCAGAGAAACACUCAGAGAAGAAGCUCUCUCCUGGACAGUGUGCAGCAUUAGCCUGCAUGCUACGUAUGUCAGAGGAAGUUCUAGAGGAGUUUGACCUGAAGAAAUACAACACGACAGAGGAAGGUUAUAGGAGACUGAUCCCAGCUGUAAGCAACUGCAGAAAGGCUCUACUGGCUAGCUGUAAUCUGUCCACUGACCUUUGUGAAAUGCUUACAUCAGCUCUUCAAUCAGCAAAUUGUCCACUAAAAGAACUGGACGUCAGUAACAACAUCCUGCAGGACACAGGGGUGGAGCUGCUCUCUGCUGGACUGAAAAGUUCUAACUGUAAACUGCAGAUUCUCAGAUUGGCAGGCUGUAAUCUCACCAAAAACUCCAGUGAAACUCUAAGCUCUGUUUUGAAAACAGCAAACUGCACCCUAAAAGAGCUGGACCUUGGUUACAACCUUCUCCAGGACUCAGGAGUGGAGCUGUUCUCUGAUGGACUAAAAAGUUCUAACUGUAAACUGGAGAUUCUCAGACUGGCUGGCUGCAAUCUUACCACAAAGUCAUGUGAAAUACUAACAUCAGCUCUGCAAUCAGAAAACUCCAGCCUGAAGAUCCUGGACCUCAGUGACAACAUUCUGCAGGAUGAAGGACUAGAGAAGCUCUCUGCUGGAUUGAAAAGUUCAAACUGUAAAAUUGAGAUUCUCAGGCUAGCUGGCUGCACGCUAUCCAUCAGCUCCUGUGAAAUUCUCUGUUCUUCUCUGAAAUCAGCGAACACUCCCCUAAAAGAACUGGAUCUUAGUAACAAUGAGCUGCUGGAUUCAGGAGUGGAGAUGCUCUCUGCUGGACUGAAGAGUUCACAGUGUGAACUGGAGACACUCAGACUGUCUGGUUGUUUGAUCACAGAGAAAGGCUGUUCUUCUCUGGCUUCAGCUCUACAUUCAAACCCCUCAUACUUGAAAGAGCUAGAUCUGACCUACAAUCAACCAGGAGACUCAGGAGUCAAGCUCCUCUCUUCUCUACUGGAGGAUCCACAGUGUAAAAUUGAGAUAUUAAGACUAGCUGGCUGUAAUCUCACUGAGGAUUCUUGCAAGACACUCACAUUAGCGCUACAGUCAGAAAACUCUACCCUGAAGGAACUGGACAUCAGUACCAAUGACCUGCAGGAUUCAGGGGUGGAGCUGCUUUGUCCAGGACUCAGAAGUUCACACUGUAAGCUGGAGAUUCUCAGGUUGUCUGGUUCUUUAAUCACAGAAAAGGGAUGUUCUUCUCUAGCAUCCGCUCUGAGGUCAAAUCCCUCACAUCUGAAAGAGCUUGACCUUACCUACAACCACCCUGGAGAUUCAGGAGUGAGGCUGCUCUCUUCUAGAUUGGAGGAUCCACAAUGCAAACUGGAAACUCUCAGGUUGGAGCAUGCAGGGAGCAUCAGGAUCAACUCAGGUCUAAGAAAAUAUGCCUGUGAGCUCACACUGGACCCAAACACAGUCCAACAAGACCUGGCUCUGUCUGAGGGGAACAAGAAGGUGAUGUCGGUGAGAGAGCAGCAGGAGUAUCCUGAUCAUCCAGACAGAUUUGACGUCUGGCUGCAGGUGCUUUGUAAGGAGCCGAUGUGUGGGCGCUGUUAUUGGGAGGCUGAAUCAGGUGGGCGGGGUUUCGCUGUAGCAGUGACUUAUAAAGGCAUCAGCCGGAAAGGAGGUGGCGAUGACUGUCGGUUUGGGUAUAACGAAAAGUCCUGGAGACUCUACUGCACUAAUUCAGCCGGAACAAACAGCUACUCCGUCUGGCACAAGAAGAAAAUCAUCGAUAUUCCAGCCCCUGCCUUCAGCUCCAGCAGAGUCGGGAUGUUUCUGGACUGGGCAGCAGGAAUUCUGUCCUUCUACUUAAUCUCGCCUGAUACAAACACACUCACCCACAUGCACACGUACUACUCUAAGUUCAGUGAGCCUCUGUACGCAGGGUUCUGGAUUGGUUUCGACUCCUCAGUUCGUAUUGGUUAGACAGAAAAACCUCCUGUAACGUAGAGCUCUUCUCAUACGAGGAGAUGAUAUGAUGGUUCAGUUCAAUUCAAGUUAUUAUCUAAUUAAAUUAUUCUCUUUAAACCAUGCACACCUGCAGUACCAUACAAAGGUUUGGACACACCUUCUCAUUUAGUGUUCUUCUUUAUUUAUUCAUGUAAUUUAUUUUCUACAUUGUAGAUUAAUAUUAAAGAAAUAAAAACAAUUAAGAGACACAUAUAAAAUUACGCAGUUAACAGUAAACAAAGUGUUUAUCCUCCACAUUUAUCCACUGAUCUAAACCUGAUGAACUGAGAUUGUGAUUUGAGGUGAUUUAAUUGGGAUGAGCUGGAGCUUCACAGCGUGAAGGAAAAGCAGCAACUAUUGUUCAGCACCUCCAGGAACUCCUUCCUUCAAGACACUGCGAAAACUAUUCCAGGUGACUCUCCCUCAUGAAGACACUGAGAUUAAAAUCUCACCAAGAGUCUGCAGAUCUGAACUCAAAGAUAAAUGUGAUACUUAGAAGAAUCUAAAGAACAAAAACAGAUUCUGGUUUGUUUAACAUUUUUUGUUUACAGAAUAAUUCAGCAUGUGUUCCUGUGGAGCUUUAAUAUAGUCUUUAAUAUAAAAUUUACAAUGUAAAAAAAACAUAAAA